AUGUGCAGUGGAACAAGACUCAUUAUCAGGCAAUUGCAUCCACAUCUUUUGGAAGCAACAAUCCUCACUGGACAAGGAAAGGGAGAAAAUGUAUUUAUUCCAAGAAUUCCACUGAUUCUAGCAGAAAGGCACUUUAAAUUCAAGAGACCUCAAUUUCCAGUAAGAGUUAGUUUUACAAUGUCAAUUAACAAGGGUCAAGGACAAUCACUGAAAAUUGUUUCUUAUGGUCAGCCCUAUGUUCGAUGUUCCAGAGUUGGAAAUGGUAGCAAUCUAUUCAUAUUCACAUCAAAUAGUAAAACCAAGAAUAUCCUGCUGUUUAUCUUCAAAUGUCCCCGUGAUACAAAAUUCUCCAAAUGUGAUACUCUGUGA